GUGACCGCCAUCUCGAGGAUCGUGUGUGCGGGUUACAAGCUCAUGCUCGGAACCGCUUCCAUCUGGAUGUCGCUCGCGGCGCUGAACAUCUUCCCGCCCUUCACGGCCUCCGCGACAUCAUGGGUCGACGAUCCCCGCCGACGGUGCCUCUCGUUUGAGCCUGAAAAGUUCGUCGCCAACGCGACGCGCACCUGGCUCGAGUAUGUCAGUCGCGGUACGACGAUCCAGCUUUCCGACAACGAUGCCUCGUGUAAUCGCCCGUCGCAGCUGGUCGAGGCGGACCUGUGCCGCAUCGCCCUACACAUUGACACGUCGCACCGCUCAGGCAUCACCUUUGAGCUCUGGCUUCCUGAUGAAUGGCCUGCUGCGCGACUGGUUUCUACGGGCAAUGGCGGAAUAGACGGAUGCGUAAAGUAUGAGGAUCUGGCGUAUACAACCGGCCUCGGAUUCGCAGCCAUGGGCACCAACAACGGCCACAACGGAACCACUGGCGCCCCCUUCUAUCAUAACCCGGACGUCCUAGAAGACUAUGCCCAUCGCGCUCUACAUACCGGCACCGCGGCGGCCAAGACCCUGACGGAGGCGUUCUACAAGAAGCCUGCUGCCCGGUCCUACUACCUGGGCUGCUCCCUCGGGGGCCGCAUGGGCAUCAAAGGCGCAGAGCGCUACCCGGACGACUACGACGGCAUUGUCGCAGGAUGUCCCGCGGUCGACUUCAACCACCUUCAGGGCCAGCGGGCCAUGUUCUAUCCCAUCACCGGCCCCGUGGGGUCGUCCAACUACAUCAGUCACCAGCUUUGGACGGGUCUCAUCCACGACGAAGUGCUCAGGCAGUGCGACGGCCUGGAUGGUGUAGUUGACGGUAUCAUUGAAGUCCCUGAUCGCUGCCACUUUAAGCCCGAGGCCCUUCUUUGUGCUCCAGACCAAGACGAUGGGCUGUGCCUCAAUAAGCAGCAGGUCGAACAGCUUCGCCAGAUAUACGCCCCAUAUACGUACCCGGACGGAUCUCUUAUUUUCCCGCGAAUGAACCCGGGUAACGAGAUUAUGGUCGUCCAAAAACUCAUCUCUGGUGCCCCAUUCAGCUACUCACAGGACUGGUUUCGCUACGUCGUUCUCAACGACCCGACGUGGGACGCCAUCGAGUACGACUCUUCCCUGGCACGACGGGCAGACGACCUCAACCCAUUCGACAUCCGCACCUACCCCGAGACCCUGCCCGCCUUCAAGGCCCGGGGCGGCAAGAUCAUCUCGUACCACGGCGGGCAGGACAACCAAAUCACGAGCUUCAACACGGCGCGCUUCUGGGACCGCAUGUCGCGCGCGGACCAGCGGCUCCACGACUACUUUCGUUUCUUCCGCGUCUCCGGCAUGUUUCACUGCAACGGGGGCCCGGGCGCGUGGGCGUUUGGGCAAGGCGGCGGCGCACCGGCCAAGGGGAUCGCGUUUGAGCCCCGGACCAACGUGCUCGCCGCCAUCGUGGCCUGGGUGGAACGCGGCGAGCCGCCGGAGACGUUGACGGGGACCAAGUUUAUCAAUGACACGGUUGCCCUGGGGGUUGACUUUCAGCGGCGACACUGCUUGUGGGUUAUUGACCCCCGGGGACGGGGACGCAUUUGAUGUCGUGUUUUGCGAGUUGAGGCUAACUGGGUGCAGGUAUCCGAAGACGCAGACAUACCUGGGCGGCAACCACAAGGACCCGUCCAGUUGGAACUGCCUGUGAAGGGCGGGGCUUGGCUCGGCAUGCAGGAUGGUACAUGUAGUUCGUAGAAGUCCAUCAUGAGAUAUCUUGUGAGACCAACCGCUGGGCCCGGUUAUUUUUAUACCAUGAACAUGGACAGUUGACCGUUGGACACAUUCUUCGGUCUUGUUUCGACAGCUCCGCCGGGGCUGCUUUCCGUGGAGCAAAGCUAGGGCCUCGGCAGCCGCAUAGCUCCAUAGCAUCGAAACCCCCACCUCGGAAAGCAGGGUCUGCCUAAUAAAGGCAUAUACACCGGGCAAAGCGAACGUAGCCACAGGCGCGUGCCGCAGGAUCACAACGUCGAGA